CCUGUCAGCGAGACAGCGACACAUGUAGAACAAGCAGCUAACGGACGGGACCAGAGCGGACGGAGGACAGUCAGAUUCAGCUUCAGCGCGAGCCGCGUUAUUUCUUUCUCUUUCUUUUGCCAAACAUUCCGUCUGAAGGACAUUACGGCACAGCGCAUACCUCUAAUUACGUCUUGCAAUGGACUCCUUUUGUUUCAGUGAAGACAAGAACACUAAAGCAGCAACAGUAAAACGGGAACCUUCCAGUGGAAAUACUAUCUGAUAACUCCAUUUGCUCGCACGCCGCUUGUUGCCAGUGAAUAUCCGAGCUCGAGCCCUCUGUCGCGCGGAGCUGGAGGCCGGCCGUCCGCGAGACUACCCGCUUUUUACCUGUACUUUGUGGGACUGUUGUGGUCUACCUGUUAACCUGCCUAAUCCUGCAAGUCAUUAACUUUACAGCCAUUACUCUGAAAAGAGAUAAACGAGGGACGAUGGUUAAUCCCGGAGGCAGCAGCCAGCCCCCGCCGGUGGGCGCAGGUUCUCUGUCCUGGAAGCGGUGCGCAGGGUGCGGGGGCAAAAUCGCAGACCGCUUCCUCCUCUACACCAUGGACAGCUACUGGCACAGCCGCUGCCUCAAGUGCUCCUGCUGCCAGGCCCAGCUGGGAGAAAUCGGCACGUCGUGCUACACAAAAAGCGGCAUGAUCCUCUGCAGAAACGACUAUAUCAGAUUAUUUGGAAACAGCGGAGCUUGCAGCGCUUGUGGUCAGUCCAUUCCAGCCAGUGAGCUGGUGAUGAGGGCGCAGGGCAACGUGUACCACCUCAAGUGUUUCACGUGUUCCACCUGCCGGAACCGGCUGGUCCCCGGGGACCGGUUCCACUACAUCAACGGCAGCCUGUUCUGCGAACACGACAGACCCACAGCACUCAUCAACGGACAUUUGAGUUCACUGCAGACGAACCCACUACUGCCCGACCAGAAGGUGUGUUAGGCGGGAGCUGAGCAGGAAGCAGGACGUGUGCCUUCAUUUUAGCCCUCACUCAUGUCACCGAGACAGCGUGGACCAGCAGCCCAGCCUUUUAGCUGUGCUCCAGGCCCUCUGCCCCCCCGAGGAAUCCUCCACCCAUCCUACCAGUUACAUGACUUUGAUUUCUGCUGCCCAGAGCCCAGCUUCAACCUCGGCUUCUCCGUAAAUAUGGGCGGACACUUGCACUUAAUGCACCUGAAUCUGGACUCUGAGGACUCCACAACCUUGGAAUAAAAGAAAGAAAAUCCAAGGGGACUCUCACUGUAGAGAAAAUGAUCCAACACACGAGAGAUGUUGAGAAAAAGACUAAUGAAGAGAAGAGAUGCAGGCUUUAUAAACUCUGCAUAUUUGUUUAAAGACAUUUCGGGGAAAACCUGGGACCUUUUUCAUUUUUUCCUCUCUUCCUUUUCUAUCCUGAUUUCCCCAAAACAUGGUGUUCCCACUUUAUAUAUUUUAAGUGUUGUCAAAGGGGAAUGUGUUUUUCUUUUCUUUGGUGGUAUGUAGAAGAAGAUGGGGUUUUAAAAAAAUCAGUGGCUUUUUGUGGAAAACAAAUCAUGAACACUCUUGGUGUAUUUGUAAACUACCAUGUAUGUACAGUAUGCAUGUUAAUGUCGUUGUCCAGGCGUGGCUACAGUACAUCUGACCCUCCACACUCCACCCCCCCCCCACCCUCCAGACUCAACCCAUGGCAACAGAAGAAAUGUGCUCAUAGUCAGUAAUGUAGAGAUCAUCACCAACAUAUAAAUGCCGAAUGAAAGAGAAUUUAUUUGUGAUACUUUCCGAGACAUUUGCUCCAGUAUGGUGUAUUUAAUUAAUAAAAAUAUUGAAGAUUUAA